CUUGUGCACAAUAUUUAAGUAAACAAACUUGUGUUGGGUUUAAAUAAAUAUAUUCAAAAUUAAUAUUUUCGGAUAAAAGAAAGUGUAAAACCUAAAGAUAAUUUUAAAUACCUAAAUAACUACCUAGAAUUGCAUAAAUCCUAAACUCUAUAUCAACAAGAUCAAUCAAGAAGCAGUACCAGAAGAUACAACGAAUAGUACAAAAAAUAACAACAUUUGUACAUCUGAACAAUAAUAGUGUCAGUGGCCAACAAUUUGUUUCACCAGUGUUUUGUGGUUCUGUCGUCGGUCUGUGUUUAUGUCAGUCAGUUUAAUAAAAUCCCAAAAACUUUAUAUAAUGUAAGUUUAUUUAUCGAUUCUCUCAAGAAAUUUCAUCAAUUAAAUCCCGCGUUCCUACAUUUAUAAAGAAACAUAUACAAAAACAUAACCUAACUUAUCUAAAUAAUAAUUGUUUUUCCUGGGCACGUUUGUUUAUUCAAUUCGAAAAUAUUAAAGAAUAAAAAUGUCCGACGACAGGAAAACACACGUACAAGAGUUUAAGUUGGAACCGGAAAAUGAACUGCGCUUCGAAGUUGAGUCAAAAAACGAAAAAGUCUAUAUGAUAUUAAAAAGUGGUAUGGCCGAAAUAUUCGGCACCGAAUUAGUUAAAGGUAAAACGUACGAGUUCACGUCCGGUGCCAAAAUAGCUGUGUACAGUUUCCAAGGUGCUACCAUUGAAGUCAAGGGUAGAACAGAUGUGAUCUAUGUGGCAAAAGAGACACCGAUGGUGGUCUACGCAAAUUGCCACGCCGCCUUAGAAUUCCUAAGGAUCGAGGCGGACAAGGAGAACAAGAAGGGGCCCACUGCAAUGAUUGUCGGACCGAGCGACGUGGGAAAGUCGACGAUAAGCAAGAUAUUGCUGAACUAUGCAGUAAGAAUGGGCCGGAGACCUCUUUUUGUGGACUUGGAUGUUGGCCAAGGGCAAAUUUCAAUUCCAGGCACAAUAGGAGCACUUCUGAUAGAGAGGCCUGCAUCAAUUGAUGAAGGAUUUUCCCAAGAGGCACCAUUAGUAUAUCAUUUUGGACACAAGAGCCCCCAAGCAAACACGGCACUCUUCGAGAUGUUGGUCACACAGCUCUCCAAAACUGUUAGGGAAAGGCUAGAAGUCAACAAGAAAACUAGAUCAUCUGGCGUUAUAAUAAACACUUGCGGCUGGAUAAAAGGACAAGGCUACAAGCAACUGUUGCACUCCGCAAAGGCGUUCGAAGUAGACGUGAUCAUGGUAUUGGAUCAAGAAAGGCUCUACAACGAACUCGUUAGAGACAUGCCCAGUUUCGUGAACGUCGUCUUUCUUCAAAAAAGUGGUGGUGUAGUCGAACGGUCCAAAAGCGUCAGGUCUGAGGCAAGAGAUCAAAGAAUCAGGGAGUACUUCUAUGGCUCACCGAAAAACUCUCUGUAUCCGCACUCGUUCGAUGUAAAGUUUUCGGAGAUCAAAUUAUUCAAAAUAGGUGCGCCGCCGUUGCCCGAUUCCUGUUUGCCGCUGGGAAUGAAGGCGGACGAUCACUUGACGAAGUUAGUACCGAUUACUCCGAAUCCGGGAAUACUGCAUCAUCUGAUGGCUGUGUCGUUUUGCGAAAAGGAAAGUGACAAGAUUAUUUUGAGUCACGUAGCCGGUUUUAUUUGCGUGACAAAUGUGGACACAGAAAGGCAAAUUAUAACUCUGCUUUCGCCCCAGCCGAAGCCGCUUCCUAACAAUAUUUUGCUGUUGUCUGAACUGCAGUUCAUGGAUAGUCAUUAAUAUUAUUUUAUUGAUGAAUUGUGUGUUAAAAAGACUGUUUUUUAGAAUACUGACAUUCUAUGUAAAAAGAAAUAAAUAUAUUACCACUACUAUUGGAUUAGUGGUAAUUUUCCGGUUACUUGUUACUUAUUGUAUCAGUGUAUAUAUUACAUACUGUAAAUAAGUGUAUGGAAGAUUUAAUUAACCUAAUAAAGAUCGUUACAAUAAAA